AAACCUAGCUACUCCACUACUUAGGUAUUGCAUUUGAUGAAGAAUUCACGUAAGUUCCUGUAUUUAUAAUCCAGACACUGUCUUUAUCCGUAUCCAUAAGACUCAAGAUUGUAACGUCCAAUGAAUAGAUGCGGGUGUAUGAUAUGAAUGAUCGGAUCCACUUCUUUCUCGAGGUAGCGGAGUUCAUCCUAUUGGGAUAUAUGAGUUAUAGUUACCCAUCCAAUGUCUACUUACUUAAUGAACUUCAUUUUGUAUCUUCUAUACAUAGACAAAAUCCACUCAUAUCUAUAGUUCUAUAUGCCAACAUUUGAUGGUGUUGACAAUAGGGUUGAUUAAAUUUAAUUCAUUAUUUAUAUUAUGCAAUUUUGUAUUUCUAAACAUAUUUUUUGGUUUUCUUUUUUAUGUUGUUUUCUUUCCUUUGUAAAAAUCCAGGGUACAUUUGAAUAUUAUGUACGACUUAAUUUAAUCGAAUGAGAUUUGGUAUGAGCUACUGUGCAUAUGUACCAUAGCGACAGCGUCAAGAUGGCGGCAAAUGGACCCUCGUUAGUAGAGUCCAGCAAGACUAAGAAAAACCUUAUGAUUAAGGGUCAAGGCAAGGGAGGAGGAGGAUUUAAGCUCCUGCGGAGACCGAGAGCCCCGAAAUUACCGCCCCUUGAACCUGAGUUACCGCCUUCACCUGAUAAACCUUUCUAUGAAAUAUAUGACUUUGAACAGGAAGAGGAUUUCAAUCAGCGACAUCUUCAUUCCCCAACCCCUAGUGUAGUCCCCAGCCUUGUGUCCCCGCCCCCUUCAGAGUCACAUCCCACCAGGGGUACAUACUACAGAAACUUUGGGAUCUCACCUCAUAGUAAUGGAUCCUUACUACGUAAAGAUGAUAAAAAGUUUGUGCUGGAUCCAAUUUAUCGUGAAAAAACUAGUUUAGGUACAUAUGUUGACGGUAAAUCGCUAGUGAAACCAUUUAAACCAAGGGGACCAGAGGUCUUCCCCACCAGACCCCCCAAAAAGCCAGGGGAGAUUCUGCAGAUGGACAAUUUUGAGGAUAUCCGAUACUAUCAGCCUCCAGCAUUUACUCUGGAUAAUUUUGUUUAUCAUCUCUCAGACCUUCGUAACAUACCUGUUCGUAAAGUCAAGGAAAUGUUUUAUUCAAAGCACAACUAUAAAAAAUUGACGAAAAUUUUGGCAGAGAAAUACAUCACUCCCACUGUUCAAGAGGAAAUCAAAAUAAAUGAAAUGACACCAGAAGGACAGAACAUUCCACCAUCUGAGCCCAGGAUUCCCCAGAAACAGCUUCUUGUCGAAAUGGCAGCCAUGAUUAAACAGCAUGUGCGAGACCUAAUGAAUACUGAGGUCAAAUCAGUGAUUCGGCCGUUACGGAAAUACAGCCCUUCGUAUGCCGACGAUAACGUCCCUCACACUGAGAUCAUUCUAUAUGAGGAUGACACUUUUGAUGUUACUCAAGAUCUACAGGAUACAGAAAUUCCAGGGGCUGAUUCAAUGUUUCACUCGGCCCCAUCUAGAUAUUUCCAGGGAGCUGGACGCAGUCAGUCUCCUUUCACUGCUCCCUCAGAAAAUGCCAUAUCUCCAUCAGAACUGGCUAUCUUGGAUGCUCUGAUAAAUGGCGGAAAAGCUCUCAGUCUUAAGGCACAUUUUAUAUCGGAAAUGCCAGAUAUCUCACCUCUAAUGAGGACAGUGACCUAUGUUAAUUUGUCUUUCAAUGAUUUCUCGCUUUUCCCUCGCGAGAUCCUGGAAAUCCGACAUCUGGAAAUUUUGAAGCUUCGGAACAACCCUCUUAGGGAACUUCCAUCCGACAUCCAUCGCCUGCGGAGCCUCAGAAUCCUAGUGGUCUCCUUCUGUCUCCUCACCAACAUCCCCAUGGGGUUGUUUGCCUUGCCCAAGCUGAUUCACUUGGAUAUUUCCUAUAACAAACUGACUUUCAUUCAGAAUGAGAUUGCCAACAUGAGGAACUUAAGGGAGCUAAACAUGGAGGGGAACCAGUUACCUGCCAUGCCAUGUGGGGCUCUACUCCUGGACCUGUUCUACCUCAAUGUCAAAAAUAACUUCAUGCAUCCGCUGUUCUGGAAGGAAAACACCCAAAACCAGCCCCAGAGAUUGAUUGACAUGUGUGCUCUGACGUUAGUGGAAGGGGAGGUAAUCACAGAAAAAGACCCUCUCCCAGAGUCUGUCAGGAAAGUCUUGGCCAAUCGAUCAGUGUGUGAUUGUUGCCAUGGAGCCCUGUAUGGACCGGGUCUGCGAAUUAUCCGUCCCGUUAGCAAACUUCACGGAAUCAAGAACCUUCCAUUUCUUUUUCGAGCCUGUUCACCAAGCUGUCUGCAAGUCUUUAAGCACAGUAAGGACACACUGUCAGAAAUCCUGUACGGUGCGCAGGCUACGCCUCGUGGGUUUGGGGAGGAGGAGGAGGAAUAAAGGGGAAUAAUUCAGGACAGGGAACACACCAGGGGGAGCCACCGACUAUAAACAUUGCUGUGGAUGACAUGUACUGAUGGAAUAAAGUGUGAAGGAAGGAAACAUUGUAAAGACAAAAAAAUUGACGAUUUUGUUUCAUAAAGGUGCCUGUUUAAACAAGACUGAAUGUGAUUACAUUGAGGUGCCUGUUUAAACAAGAUUGAAUGUGAUUACAUUGAGGUGCCUGUUUAAACAAGACUGAAUGUGAUUACAUUGAGGUGCCUGUUUAAACAAGACUGAAUGUGAUUACAUUGAGGUGCCUGUUUAAACAAGACUGAAUGUGAUUACAUUGAGGUGUCUGUGAAUGUGAUUACAUUGAGGUGUCUGUGAAUGUGAUUACAUUGAGGUGCCUGUGAAUGUGAUUACGUUGAGGUGAUGUGUCGGAGAACUGAUGUACCACUUUCUGUGUAUUGUGAGAUUGUGAGUGUGUUGAUAACUCGGCUCUUUCCAGAUUGGGAAAUAGUGAGUAUGUAUAAAACUCAGCUCUGUCCAGAUUGUGAAAUUGUGAGUUUGUAUAAAACUCAGCUCCACCCAGAUUGUGGGAUUGUGAGUGUGUAUAAAACUCAGCUCCGCCCAGAUUGUGGGAUUGUGAGUGUAUAAAAGUGUUUUAUGAGAGAAAUUUAGAGAGCAGAUUUGUUACAUUAUCAGUUGUGCAAAAUAAAACUUGUUGAUUUCAUUUUGCAAAGUUUAUAAAACUGAAAAUGUUGUAUAUUUGUGGUACAUAGUUUGCAAGCAAUACUUGGAAAGUCUGAAGAUUUGAUGAUAGCUACAAUGUAUGUCUGGCCCUAAAAUUCAAACUUUCUUUUGAUUUCUUGGAAUCAGUUUCCCGAGAAAAAUUAGUCGGAAACAGAAAUGAGAAUUAUAUAUUUCCCAAAAAUAAUUCCUCUUCUGGAAUAUGACAUCACAGAGUUGGUGAUUUUUUGGGGGUUUCUCUAAAAAUUGUUAAAUAUGUCAACAUCACAGCCAGACUUUUGAACUAAAUCUCACUUUAACAGAAGGAACAUAUGAUUAAAAAGUGAAACUGAAAUCAGAGUUGUCCAAGUUUUAUGGCAUAGGAACCAGUCUUUACAUAGGAACCAGUUUUUACAUUGGUCAAAACUUAUGUUCAGUAUAUAUAUAUAUAUAUAUAUAUAUAUAUAUAUAUAUGCACACAAGUAUAUAUAUUUCUUCUCUCAAAUCCAUGAAUAUUGUAAAUGUUUUCAGGAUUAAACACUAUAAACAAUGUCCAUCUAGUUUUAAAACAAAACGUUUUCUGUGAUAUAUUUACUUCUUUGUAAGUUUACAAUAAACCAUGUAAUAAUAAUCA